AUGGACUCGGCAAGGGGGGUUGGAGAAACGGAGGGGGGCACUUGCAAAGAGGAGAAGGCCGAUAAGUCUCAUCUGUAUGUAUUCACAGCUCACAAGGGCGGGAUGGAUGAUGUGGAUAAAGAGCUGCAAUUGAAGGUCAUUGAGGAGAUGAGCAAGAAUAGCACACAUCAUGCUGCAGCCUUGAGGAAAGAUAGGAAAGUCGAUGAACGUAUAGAGGCUAUUAAGGAAGCUGUUGGGUCAAUGACUAAACAGGAGAGGGAGCAGAGAGAGGCGGAGAAGGAUGCGUAG